AAAACACGCAUCGCAAAGCGAUUCAACUGUAAAACGAUAGUUUGUGAGAAGAUGAAUCACGGCGGCAGCCCCCCUCCGAUGCAGCAGCAGCCUUUUCUCGGUCGCGAGCUCCGCGUCGAGCUGAGCGAUGGGCGCGUGGUGGUUGGAACGCUCGUCGCCUACCAGGGCGGCGGCGACCUCCUCCUCCGCGAAUGCGUCGAGCAGAGGCUUUAUCAAGGAGACGACAAUGAAAAAAUGGAGGAAAGGGAGGUUGCCGUGCGCGGCAUCGACCUCCUUGCGAUCCCGUUUAAAUACGUCAAGGCGUUGCACCGCCGCACGGCAGGGCAGAGCGCGGUAUGGCAGGAAUUUUCAGCGCAAUUAAGAAGAGUUGAGGCCCCUAAGGAGGGGGAGAGUGAGCCUCCAUCCCAAAAAGUAAUAUAAUACUAACAAUGGAAAAGGAAAAGGAGAAGGGUUGUAAAUGUAUGAUGGAAAUUGCUGCUGUUGGGGACGGGUUCUCCUGAGGGUGGAGGGCAAACCCCGUCUGGGUGAGGUCUGUAAAUUAUCGCACGCAGAAGAGGACACAUGUGAGAAGGGUUGGUAGAGCUACUUGGAUAAAACGCCCUGCGUGAAGAUUUGCGUAUUCCUCUGUUUUUAGGACUGUGGUCGUUUUCUGUGGAUCUUUCAGGACGGAUAUUUUCUUCCUUUUUUUCUGAUCUCACUCAUCUUCGAGAUGCCCCUAACGCGCCAGAUGUGUAAAGAAGAAAAAAGGAAGGAUACGAACCCCUUAAUAAUAGUAAAAGCAAUAAUAACAACAAUGGAAAUUCAUUAAUCAGGCGAAACCGUCUUUAUUUCUGAUCUCUUGGUAGGGAGUCAUUGCGGUAAGGAAUCCAUAGCAUAUUUCUAUCGCUAAAUAUUUAUUAGCCAGAAAGGUAUUGCAUUCUUUGCCCGCACUAUUA